GGAAAAAGGGCGUGUCUUGUCAUUGUACAACUGUCAAACUGAACUGUUACACUGCACUGCACUGUGAGUGGAAGAUACUGCACUGACUGCACUACUAGCACUGUAGCCUCUGGAUUAUUAUCAAGAAGAUGUCUGACUAUCUCACAAUAGCAGAUCUAAAGAGAUUGUAUCUCGUCACGUUUGAUGCUCGAAUUAAGUGGCGAAACAUCUUGCUUAUUCUUGACGUACCCUCAGCUACAAUUGACAGCAUCGGGAAAGAAUGGAGCAAUAAUCCUGAUGACUGCUAUCGUGAGGGUUUGAAAGAAUGGCUGAAUGAAGGAGGGAAGAGCUGGAAAGAGAUGGUGGAGGCAUUGACCAGUCCCAUCGUGGGUGAAGCUCACAUAGCCCAGACCAUCGAAAGAGAUCAUCUACAGUCUACUGGUCCAAGCAAUCCUAAAAAACUAAAAUUACAGGUUGACCAAGAUCGCCAGUUGAUCAACGAUGAACUAACUGUUUUCCUAGACGAACCACUUGGUAGUGGUGCAUUUGGAGCAGUCUUCAAAGGCAGCUUCAAGGGCAAUCCUUGUGCUAUCAAACUUCUACAUCAGAUUGCUAUGGAGAUGCAGGCAAGUAUUCCAGUCGGUAAAAACAAAGAAGCUAGCGAUGCAAUUGAUCGUGAGAGUGAUUUUCUCAAGUCGUUCCAGCACCCAAAUGUUGUUCAGUAUUUAUCGACUGCCAAGCAUCCAAAAUCGGGUGGUACAAUCCUUGUUGUUGAGCUGAUGGAUUGCAAUUUGAGAUCCUAUUUCUCUGGCCUUGAUGAAGAGUCUCUCACUAGCGAAUGUGAAAUUAGCCUCUCCAAAGACAUGGCUUGUGGUCUGGCCUACAUUCACAGCAAGAAGAUUAUCCACCGUGACCUCUGUGGCGAUAACAUCUUGCUGAAACUUACACGACCAGUGCCUGUCGCAAAGAUUUCCGACUUUGGCAUGUCACGGCUAUAUGAUUCCUCCAAGCUUAGCCACACCCUCACAGCCAUUGGUCACCGUAUGGGGUAUCUGCCUCUCGAGGCUAUUCGAUUGGAAGAGGAGAAAUACGAUAGUAGCCUGGAUGUGUUUUCUUAUGGGGUGAUUGUGACGCAGAUUAUUUGCAAGCUGGAGACGAUCAAAUCAGCCAAGGAUCGAUCAUUCCAUGUUGCCCAGAUCCCUCACACACACAGGUUAAGGAAGCUUAUCGACAGUUGCUUGCAAGAAGACAUGAGGAGGAGACCAUCUGCCAGGAACAUCUAUGCUUCACUGACAAGCGACUCUGACACAGUGGAGGCAACAAAGAGGGAGUCCAAGGACACUCAAGUAAAUCAACUUUUACAUCAAGUAUCUGAGAAAGACACUCAUUCACAAGCAUCUAUCGAUCGGCUUCAAGCUGAGCAAGUUUAUGGACUAGAAGAAGUGACCACUCCUCAACAAGAACAGUUUGAAGUUCAACCCAGAGAAAUUGAUCAUCUAGUGAAGUUUCUACAGAUACAACCUCGGGAGGACACUCAACCAGAUAAUAACUUGACUGCAGAUGUUGACCUGAAAAGUGGCUCGGACCCAGUGGAGGCAACAAAGAAGGAGUCAAAGGACACUGAACAAGUCAAGAAGGCACACAGGGAACAGGUUGAGCACAAAGAUGCUGAGCUGGUCAGGAGAGACGCCAUCAUUCAACAGCAGAGACAGGGUCCCCCUCCCAGAGAGUUGAGACCUCCACUCACUCUGAAAUGGAGAAAAGGAAAAGACAUGCCAAUUCAAAUGGGCUACACGGUACAGAGUGUUGUUAUCGGUGACGCAGUAUAUGUUGGUGGAGGUGAUGCAGGCGAUGAUCGUAAUAGGUGUACAGUGAUGAAGCUCGAGCAAGAUCAAUGGACCAAACUACCAGAGUACACUGCCAAGUGGUUCGCUAUGACAUCACUCGCUAAUCAACUAGUGCUGGUGGGAGGACUUGAUUCAAGAAACAACGAACACACCAAUCAACUUGCAGUGUUUGGGUCAGGGGAAUGGACUCACCCGUACCCACCAAUGAACAUUGCUCGUCAUUCCUCAACAGCUGUCUCCUUCAACAACCACAUCAUUGUAGCUGGUGGGAGUAAUGAAGAACCUACCUCCUCUGUGGAGGUGUUGGACGUGGCAUCGAGAAGAUGGUACAUUGCUCAGUCACUACCUAACCCACGAUCAGGACUUAAAUCGACUCUCAUAGGAAACACCCUCUACCUAAUGGGAGGGGACGAUCACACUGGGUAUGCAACCAAGACAGUGCACCACGUCGACCUCAAUGAACUGAUUGCAAAGGCCCAUUCGAACCUGGACACACCCACUCUCUGGCAGACCUUACAGGAAGUACCAUUCGUGUGGUCAGUUCCUCUCAGUAUUGGGAGGUCACUAUUAGCCGUUGGUGGACGAGACGACAGACGCAACCCAAGAUCAUCGAUCCACCUCUACCAGCCUGACACCAGGAGGUGGGUGAAAGUGGGAGACCUGCCUACUGCACGAUACUACUGCACAUGCUCAGUACUUCCUAGUGGAGAGGUCAUUGUAGCCGGAGAACGGACAAGUGCAUAUACUCAAACCGUUUAUUUCUUCUCUAUAAGUGCUAAUUAGUUAUUUUGUUAUUGUUUCUCUUUAAUUGUGCGAUGAGUUUAUAACGAUAUUGAUAUUUUUUUUAUCAUG